CAAUCCUCGCACCAGCUUAGGCCGAAGCUCCAAGAAUUUUUGGGAGAUGCGGGCUUGCACAGACUUCUCGUGAAGAGAGUUCGCGAUAAAGUUGACCAUGGAAGAACUGGACUGGUCACGGUGGAUGAUUUCACGAAAGGUGCCCUUGUGACGAAAGAGGACCUGGCAAAAGUUGAGUUGUACGGUUGUACGGUUGCUUUGCGGGAGGUUCGAGCCAAAUGUCUCAAGAUGAACGAGUGCAUUCUAAAUAUCCACAUGUCCCUGCAACUUGUUCUCGAAGACAUGUGCGCCGUCAUCCACCGGAAACAUCAAUCAAACGACGAUGGUCACACUGUCUAUGAAGCAAUGCGUGUCGACGGCAUGGAAUAUGAUCCAAGCACCUUACGACCGGAGGCAGAGAGAGCUGUCAUGGAAAUGGGCAAGUGGUCUGGCGAAGGCAGCCUUCCACAGAUUCUCAAUAUGGGAACACUUUUUGUCAGUGCCGGCACCGGGAAGAUCGACGUCUCCGGAGACGAAGUCGUCGGAUUUGGGACGGCCUUCCGAGCGGAAGUUCAGGUUGGUGAUGUCAUCAUUGUCGAACCCCUUGUCGCCCAGAAAAAUGGAGACUCUGCAUCGAAGAAAACCUUCGCGAUGGCGGUCACUGUUGUCCUGUCGCAAACGCGGCUCAAAGUGGCAACGUUUGUGACAGAUUCCUUGCCCGAUCACAUGGUGUUCGUCGUUGCUAGGUUUCAGAAGGCAGUGCAGAUGCCACCACCCAGCACACCUUUCUCUGGUAUGACGGCACACGAACCGAAGCAACUGUCUCCCAGAAGCUCGCAGUGCUGGUUCGAAUGGGAUCUCAAGACGCAGAAACGCGACAUGGUCAAUUUGCAGGAUGCAGAGGCACACCACUCGUACCUCAAGAGGCUCAAGAAACAAGCCGAGUUUGAGCUGCUCACCGUCCUUGAACGGCCACUUUUGAGAAUGUGCUUCCAAGCCUUGAAGUCGCAGGUCCGACUCAGACAGAAGACGGUAUCCUUAUUGUGGUAA